GCGGGGCGGGAGCGCCGCGCAGUGCCAAGCGGCGGCCGGGACCGGCGGGGCCUGGCCGGUGCCGGGGCCAGGAUGGCGCUGGAGCGGGCGCUGCAGGCAGCGCGGCAGGGAGAUGUGGAGGCUCUGCGAGGGCUGCGAGCGGCUGGGCUGCUGCGGCCAGGGCUGCGGGACGCCCUGGGAGCCUCCCCCGCGCACCAUGCCGCCCGCGCCGGCCGCCUAGCCUGUCUCCGGUACCUGGCGGCGGAGGCCGCGCUCCGAGGGGAUGCGCGGGCACGCAACGGGGCCACACCAGCCCACGACGCCGCCGCCACCGGCAACCUCGCCUGUCUCCAGUGGCUGCUCACGCAGGGGGGCUGCAGCGUGCAGGACACAGACAACUCCGGUGCCACCAUCCUACACCUAGCAGCCCGCUUCGGUCACCACGAGGUGAUCGACUGGCUCCUGCGUUUCGGGGGCAGUGACCCAACGGCGGCCACCAACACGGGAGCGCUGCCCGUCCACUACGCCGCGGCCAAAGGGGAUUUCCCUUCCCUACGACUCCUCUUGGGACACUGCCCCAGCACGCUGAGUGCCCAGACCAAGACGGGGGCCACCCCUCUGUACCUCGCCUGCCAGGAGGGCCACCUGGAGAUCAUCCAGUACCUGGUGCAGGACUGCGGGGCUGAUCCUCAUGCACGUGCCCAUGAUGGCAUGACCCCACUGCACGCUGCUGCCCAGAUGGGCCACAACACUGUGAUCGUCUGGCUGAUGAGCUUCACGACGGUGAGCCUGUCGGAGCGGGACGCUGAGGGGGCCACAGCCAUGCACUUCGCUGCCAGCCGUGGCCACGCCAAGGUGCUGAGCUGGCUGCUGCUGCACGGGGGGGAGAUCACUGCCGACAGCUGGGGCGGCACGCCACUGCACGACGCUGCUGAGAACGGCGAGUUGGAGUGCUGCCAGAUCCUGGUGGUGAAUGGUGCCGACCUCAGCGUCCGUGACCAGGAUGGGUACACGGCAGCCGACCUCGCCGACUACAACGGCCACAGCCACUGCGCCCAGUACCUGCGCACCGUGGAGAACAUGAGCGUGGAGCACCGUGUGCUGUCUCGGGACCCCUCAGCGGAUGGGGAGUGCCGGCAGCCUGACUCGGGCAUGUCAUCGCCCAACACCACGGCAUCGGUGCCCCAGGCACGCUUUGAGGUGGGCUCCCCUGCCAGCACCCUCUCCAACUACGACUCCUGCCACUCCAGCCAGUCCAGCACCGGGGAGAAGAGGGGCGGCCCCGGGGGGGGGCCUGCUGCCCGGGUGCCCGAGCCGGCGCUGGCGGACAUGCAGGCCUACAUGGACAUGCUGGACCCCGAGAUGCGGCCGCGGGGCCGGGGGUCGGCAGGCGAGGGCUCCUCUCCACCCCCACCUCCCGCCUUUCCCCCACCACCGCCCCCACCCCCCACUGCCCGACUACCCCCGCCGCCCCCCGGCUACCCCGCACCCAUGCCCUCUGCUGCACCCCACACGGCCGACAUCUACGUGCGGGCCAAGAACAACCUGCGGCACGUGGAGAGCCAGGCGCUGCGCCGAGAGCUGGCAUCGCGCGAGAGCAGCCCCGAGGGCCUGCGCAGGGCCGACUCCACCAGGAGGUCCAGGAACUUCGGCAAGCAGCCGAGCACCGGGGACUACUACAAGCAGCUGGGGCACGGCUUGGGGGAGCAGCCCGGCCCGCGGCGAAUGGCGCACAGUGAGGAGGUGAGCGCCCAGCCUCGCACCCACGGCCAGCACGUGGCUCGGUGGCACCCGUGCCAGGCGACGCCGGCCCCUGCUCUCUUCCAGGCAUCACCCAUCUCGACGGAUACCAUGCGCAACGGGGAGAGCAAGCCUGGCACCGAACUGCCGCCGCCACCACCACCCCCACCGCUGCCCGAUGCCAGCUGCCCGCCACCCCCACCACCACCUCCACUGGCCGAGACCUCUGCCGGUCCCCGCCGCUCCUCCUCCUCCACGGGAAGAGGAAAGGCGCUCAGGCAGAUGAAGAGCACCAAGUCCUUCAACAUGAUGUCCCCCACUGGCGACAACUCGGAGCUGCUGGCCGAGAUCAAAGCUGGGAAGAGCCUCAAGCCGACACCGCAGAGCAAAGGCUUCACCACCGUCUUCUCUGGCAGCGGCCAGGCAGGGGCCAAUGCAGAGUCGCCGGCGUCCUCCCCAUCACCUACCAGAACGCCCACCCCGCCGGCCACUCCCGAGGCUGCGGGGCCGCCACGCUCCCUGGCAGGGUGCUCGCCAGAGCCGGUGCUGAAUGGAAGCUCGCCGGUGCCAGCGGCGGGCGUCGGGGCAGCAGUGGAGGUGGAGGCACUGGUCCCCAGCCACGAUGAGCAGGGCCGGCCCAUCCCUGAGUGGAAGCGGCAGGUGAUGGUGCGCAAGCUGCAGCUCCGCAUGCAGGAGGAAGAGGAGCAGCGGCGUAAGGAGAAGGAGGAGGAGGCACGCCUGGCCAGCAUGCCCGCCUGGAGGAGGGACAUCCUACGCAAGAAGCUGGAGGAGGAGAGGGAGCAGAAACGGAAAGAGCAAGAAAAGCUGAAACGGGAGGAGGAGGAGAAGGAGAAGGAGCAGUCGGAAAAGCUAAGGACUCUCGGGUACGAUGAGACAAAGCUGGCACCCUGGCAGCGGCAGAUCAUCCUCAAGAAGGGGGACAUAGCCAAGCAUUAGCCACACCACGCCGUGCCCUGGCUCUUCGCGGCGGGAGGAGGCCAGCAGGUCCCAGCGUGGACCAGGAUGCACUUUGGCACCCUCCUCCCACCACGGAUGGCUGCGUAGUCCGACCUGGAGGAGCCCCCAGCGCUGCCCCAGGCACCUGUAGCCCCUGUCCCGCUGCCGUCAGCCCACCGCCACCCCACGCUGCCCCUUGUAAAGUGAGCUGCCAUCGCAUGGGGCACUUGGCUCCUUGUGUGCCACCUGGCUCUACCAUUGUGGCUGGGCUCACCUCACUGCCCAGCUCCCUGUGCUCCCUGCUGGCACCUCACUCUUGCGGCUGCGGCACCGCUUGCCUCCACUCCCGCCCCUCCCACCUCUGGAGCCACUGGAGGCUGCUCGCAGCCUCCGUCCCGACCGCCUGCCUUUCCAGCAAUUAAAAGGAUAAACCCUG